AUGAGUGGAGUGAUUCAAAUUGUUCAAGACGUGCAUCAAAGUUUGUCUUCUUAUGGAAUUUCAACUCCUCAUCAAGUAUUGUUGGCAAGUUUGGUCGGAAAUCUCUUGCUCUAUUUAUUUGUUAUGAAAAUUCUUUGUAAAACAAUUCUCCUUCCAAAGUUUUACAAUUCUCUUCAACUCAAAGAUCGAAAUGAAUACGAAUCACGUAUCAUUUCUUCAAUUCACUCAUUUGUGAUGGGAUUUGUCGGAGGAUGGAUUUUAUUGAAUGAUAUCAAGUUUUUGUCUGAAUGGGAUUUCCUUCACACUUCUUUAUAUGCUGAAUGUAUCUUUUACUAUUCAACUGGUUAUAUGAUUAUUGAUUUAUUGUUUGUCUUUUAUUAUUAUCCACAAAUUGGAGGAAUUGAAAUGAUUAUUCACCAUGUUUGUAUUGCUGGUGCUCAAAUUGCACUUGUUCAAUUGAAGGUUGCUCAAAUUUUGGGUGUCUGGGUCACAUUGACUGAACAUACUACUGUUUUUAUUAAUGGUAGAUGGUUCUUGGAGAAGGGAGGCUUCAAGGAAGCAAUGAUCUAUGUCUUGAACGGAUUAAUGAUGUGGCUUUCAUGGGCAAUCUUUAGACUUGGAUAUGUUGUCUUUAAUAUUCUCUUCUUUGUUCAUACUUGGGGAGCUUGGAUGAAUUAUGUUGGUGAAAAGGGUGUUAAUGGUUGGAUUGCUCUCGGUUUUUGGCUUCUCCAAUGUUUGAAUUUGGCCUUUUUGAAUAUCAUGUGGUUCACUAAACUCACUAAGGGUAUUAUCAAGGCAUUGUCUAGUAAGAAGUCAAAGAAGGAAUAG